CCUGAAGUCUUUUUCAUCUCUAAUAUUUCAUACAUUGCUCUCACAAUGGCGGAGGUUGAAGAAGAAGAACAAAGAUCGCCGCAAGCCGCGGAAUCAGACGGAGAUUAUCCUAAGCUUGUGAAGACUAAAGAUUUUUUCGACGUGGAGGCUAACGCUAGUCGUACUCAUAAUCGGAAGGAUGCAGACUGGGGAACAAUUUUGAAGCUAGCGUUUCAAUGUAUUGGUGUGGUUUAUGGUGAUUUAGGUACAUCGCCGUUGUAUGUGUUGCCGAGUAUUUUUCCGAACGGAAUUAAGGAAAAAAAUGAUGUUCUCGGCGUACUGUCGUUGAUUAUUUACUCACUCAUCAUCAUCACCUUGAUUAAAUACGUCUUUAUUGUUCUUGCUGCCAAUGAUAAUGGAGAUGGAGGAACUUUUGCACUAUAUUCUUUGAUUUGCCGGCAUAGUAAGGCGAGCUUGAUACCAAAUCAGCAAGCUGAAGAUAGAAAAGUUUCUACUUAUAAACUGGAUAUGCCAAACCGGAGAGUGAAAUUGGCUUCGGCAGUCAAAUCCAAACUUGAGAGUAAUCAUGCAAUCAAAUACUUCAUGUUGUUUAUGACCAUGCUCGGAGUUUCCAUGGUUCUCGGAGAUGGCAUUCUUACGCCUUGCAUAUCAGUAUUAUCUGCAGUGGGAGGAAUUAAAGAGGCAGUUCCUACACUUUCACAAGAUGUUAUAAUGUGGGUUUCGGUAGUAAUUUUAGUUUUCUUGUUCCAACUUCAGAGGUUCGGAACAGAUAAAGUUGGCUACACAUUUGCUCCAAUCAUUAUGCUAUGGUUUUUCUCUAUUGCAACCAUUGGACUUUACAACUUCAUCAAGUAUGACCCCAGCGUAAUCAAGGCUGUUAAUCCAUACUAUAUUAUACAAUAUUUCCAACGAAAUGGGAAGGAUGCUUGGAUUUCUCUUGGCGGCGUUGUUUUAUGUCUUACAGGUUCCGAAGCGUUGUUUGCUGAUUUGGGGCAUUUUAAUGUUCGGUCUGUUCGAUUAAGCAGUUGCACCAUACUUAUUCCCUCUGUCUUGCUAGCUUAUGUUGGCCAGUGUUCUUAUCUCCAAGAAAAUGCUGCUGAUAUUACUGAUUCCUUUUUCAAGUCCAUUCCGAAGGCAUUGUUUUGGCCACAGUUUAUCGUAGCAGUACUAGCUGCAAUCAUUGCGAGUCAAUCAUUAAUCUCCGCUUCGUUCUCAAUAAUUCAACAAUCAGUAGCAUUAGGGUGUUUCCCCCGGAUUAAAGUAGUACACACUUCUGCAGAUUUCGAGGGACAAGUUUAUAUUCCUGAGAUUAAUACUUUUCUUAUGAUCGCUUGUGUGGCCGUCACACUCGGCUUUAAAAACACUAUACAGAUUGGAAAUGCUUAUGGAAUCGCGGUGACAUUCGUUUUCGUGAUUACUUCUGCACUUUUAGUUCUGAUUAUGAUUAUGAUAUGGAAGAUAAACAUCAUCUACGUAGUCAUCUACAUAUUGACCAUUGGUUUGAGCGAAUUGAUAUAUUUGAGCGCGACUCUGUACAAAUUUGUCGACGGAGGGUACCUUCCGUUACUCCUCGCCUUUGUUAUAGUCACAAUUAUGUUCAUUUGGAGCUACGGAUACAGGAAGAAGUAUUUAUACGAGCUGGAAAACAAAAUUUCAGUAGAAAGGCUUACUGAUAUAGUCUCCGGGAAAAGAAUCAAUCGAAUCCAAGGUCUCGGAUUAUUCUACUCGCAGCUUGUUCAAGGCGUAUCGCCCGUUUUCACUCACUACAUCUCGAGUAUUCCGGCUUUACAUUCAGUUCUCGUAUUUGUUUCAAUCAAAUCAUUACCUAUCAGUAAAGUGCCCGCUGAAGAACGUUUCUUGUUUCAAAGAGUGAAGCCGGGCGAGCUGAUUUUUCGAUGCAUUGUACGUUACGGAUACACAGAUUCGUUCAAAAAACAAGGAUCGUUCGAGCAAGAUUUAGCGAACCAAUUGAAAGAGUUCAUAAGAGAUGAACAAGGAGAUAAUGUAGAUAAUGAAAUUGAAUCAGUUGAUAAAGCAUUGAACGACGGGAUUGUUUAUUUAAUGGGUGAAGCCGAGGUUAUGGCUGCGAAUGGAUCGUCGUGGAUCAAGAAAUUUACGGUAGAUUAUCUUUAUAAUUGGUUAAGUAGAUGCGUCCGACAGCCUGAUGAAAUUUUCUUGAUCCCUCGUAAACACUUGCUUAAAGUUGGAAUGACAUAUGAUGUCUAAUUAUGGCAAGUUUAAGUUUACGACAUUUUGAUCAUCCUGUGGUUCGUUGAUUCAGUUGAAUAAAAGUACAUAUUAUAUGGAAAAUUCUUGGUGUAUUAUUUUCACAUUCUAAGUAUCCGAAAAUUUCCAUGUAGUAUAGGAGUAUAUAUUAUUGUAAUGAUCCAAGUUUAUUAGCUGAUACUUCGUUAUCCAAGUUAGAGUGCUCAAAAAAUAUGUAAAAUUUACUUUUGUUUUAGCUUUUACAUUAUGAUUAAA